AUGCAGCUGCAUGUGUCUAUGUUGGCAGAGUGGCUGGCAGGCAAGGGUGAGAUCCCGGAUCAUCAUCGCUCCCUGCCCUGGCGGGCCAUUGUGUCUGUCAAUGACAAACGCUUCGCCAAUUUCUUGCAGGGGCUCAGGACAGAAUGGCAGUUUAUCCAGUGCCUGGAUCGACUCCCGCCCAAGAAGGCGCUGUUCAAGUCCAUGAACUGGACACGAUGGCCCGUGGUUCGAGAGAUGCUGACAGAAGCAGAGCUACCCGACAGUACUUUGUUUGGUGAGGGGUCAGUGCGAUUUGAUCCGCAGCAUCCCGAUGCACGCAAAGUUCAAGAGCUCUGUCUGGCUUCAGCUGGAUUACGUGUGCAGUCACGUGAGAGCAGCCUGCUGACAAGCCUGCCAAAUGAACUAUGCUUCAACGACCUCCGCGACGCCGAGCGACGUGCUCAAAAAAACGAGAUGAGGGCACCAACGUCAAUUUGCGCCGGGGCCAUCAAGUCAGGAUGGGUGCGGUCGCCUCUUGAGAAGGUGUCUUUGGAAUCUCAGGAUUGGACCAGUGCCGUGCGAGCCAACAAGUUGCGAAGCAGCAUUCUGCCGAAUGCCCGCUCCGGCAAGAAGGACCUGGGCCUGAACAUGACAGAGCUGACCGCCAGCAAAGCAUGCCCUCAUAUGACAAAACCACAUGUUCUGAUGCAACGUCUUCUUUUUUACAGCACUCUGCUGAGUGAAUUUGCUGCAGAUUCCUCUUGCAAUCUGGAGAAGAUGGCGGUGCAGGCAUGGGCAGGUCGACUUAUGAAGGUCAGCUGUUUUUGGCAACCAGAUGACUCAGAGCAGACAGCCAGGUUCGUGGUCUCGACCGGCCCCGACGUCAUUCGCUAUGUGACCGUGCAGGGUGUGGAGGUACAAGAGACAAUGCAUUUUGCUUUCCCCAAAGACCUUCAGAAAGUGGAGCCCACAUUGCGGUUCAAUGCUCAGGUUGGCCGCUUGUCACUCGUGGUUGGCCUGUCCUCAGAGGAGCAUGGAUUGUUGUUGCGACCUGAAGCUUGGCUCAGCCCGAUACGCUUCAUGCUCAGUCACACGAUCCUGGACAUGCCCGCUGCUUUCAUCGCACAGUUUGCUCACAGACUGGCCUUGGUGGCAACAAGGUUACGCACAAGGAGCGGGCAGCUGCUCUUGGAGUCUGAGAACUACCCCGAGGAUUAUAUCCAGAAUAUCUUGGAAAAUCCUCCUUCUCGCACACGCAAAGCCCGGAAGCCUGAAGAAGCAAACGAGGACAAAGCAGACGACAACGACGAUGACGAAGAGGACGAGGCCGAAAUUUGUGAAGCGACCAACUACAUGCAAGAAGAAGAGAACGAGCAGGAGGACAGCAACCAGGAGAGCCACGCAAACGAUGCACGGCCUUCGAACCCAGAUGGUGAAGCAAUGCAGGCGGAGAACAAAGCUGACAAUGCUGAUGAUGCCGCUGCCGCCGCAGCUGCAGGAGAUGGCCAUGCUGUGCCAGAAGAUCGAUCCUCUUUUGCUUCACAUCAUCUUUCGGUUACGAUUACUACCUCCUAG